GUUUACUGUUACGGUACAUUAUGGAAAUAGGUUCACAACGAUCCCAAACUGCCAGCCACAUUGUAGAUCAGAUAAAAAGCCAAGGAUUAUUUGAUAAAAUUAGAAAGCAAUGUCUUGAAGAUGUUGAUGUGAACUUAGACUAUCAAGUCCUACAAAAAAAAGUGAAUUCUUUUGUUUCAUCAUUUCUUCAAGAUCAAUCAUGGAAUCCCGGAGUUGAAAAGUUAAAGUUAAGGGAACAACUACGAGCAAAACUUUUAGGUACUAAAAUGCUGUCUUGUGGAGUUGACAGACUCGUUAAUCAGGCACUCAAUGCUAAAAUGCCUAAAGGUUUCAGGAAUCAAGUCCAACACAUUGUUUGUGAUUACUUCGACUUGAACCCGGAGUCACUAAUAGCUAGCACCUUAAACAACCAAAACUGUGUUGAAUUCACACCUAAGAUUUUCCCUGAGAACCCUCCAGGACCUUAUUCAACAGACCCUUACGGUUGUUCGUCAAUUAACAAUCCUGUGGCGAUACCCACACCUCAAGGCAUUCAACCUCCGUUUCCAUACCCAUACCCCCCAGUACCUGUUCAGCAUUCAGUUGUUCAAGCGAGCGUCCCAUGUCCAAUCACUGCUUAUGUGGGACCAAAUGGAAAUUAUUUAGUCCCUCCCCCACCCCCUCCUCCUCCUCCCCCAGUCGUCUUCUGUCAACCACUUGUCCAUUUCAACAACCAGUCAUCGAUUCCAUCACAAAACUUCCAAACUCCAGCGAAUAAUAGUGUUUCCCCUUCAGCUAAUCAACCUGAUAUGGAACACGUUCGAACACAACCUCUAGAAGUGACAGUAGAAGAAUCAGUACCAUGCGAUGAUCCUAUGGAUAUAGAAUCUUUAAAUUCUAAUAGUCCUGUUGAUGAAUCCAAUGUUUCAUCGUCACAUGAAAACUCUGAACUUUAUGGAGAACAUCAUCCACCUAAUGUCAGUGAAAAAAACUCAUACGGGCAACCUAACCAGAUUGCUUGGCAUGAUGUCCAUUUACUGUUGGAUGAUGUUUCUGAAGAUGAAGAUAAAGAUAUGGAUUCCAAGUCACCAAUCCCAUGCUCAAAUCCUUCUUCAAUUUCGAAGUCACCGUAUACAGCUUCUCAGUCCUAUAAUCGGAACCUCUCAGUUCAGAGUACUUUCUCUCGUGAUACUCAUAAUGCAAAUGAUCGCAUAUGCUCUACCUCACCGAUAACAUACGAUGAACGCAAAUAUCGAAAUAAGUACUCGACGUCUUCCUCAGAAUAUAAUCCAGGAAAUCGUGUUUCAAGCCUGAAAGUCGAAAGUUCAAGAUCGUGUCGUGAACAAAAGUCUAAUUUUAACGAUUCAAACGCAACAACCACAUCUACAAAUCGUACAAAUCAUCACCACAAUAAGUAUUCAAGAUCUCCAACUUCACCAUUCUCUACUGGUAAUUUCUAUGAUCAGGAUGACUGGCGUUCAAAAUCCACUGGGAUGAGUUCGCGAAUGGAAAUAUAUCACAGUAGUCAGUCACUAAAAAGAUCACAAACUUCUUUCAUUAAAAAUCACUCAGUGCAUAGCCCAGUAAACCAGCAUGAACGUCAUAUUUCCGACACUCUCAAGCAGUCGCAUUACGCAAAAAGUCCUGAUCCUUUUACAGAUCGCCGUCUAAAAUCAGAUUAUCCAUCAAGCAGUUCAUUGUCCAAUCACUUUCGUUCGUCACCAGAUCCGAUGGUUCGGACGAAAAUGCGCAGUAACAAAAGUUAUCCCAUCAUUACACCAUCCUGUGAAUGGGCAAGAAAUGAAUCACGUUCUCCUGAAGAGCAUUCUAGUAGAUCAUCCUCAAUGUUCUCACAGGGUAACUAUUCAUUGUCAUCAGCCUCAGAACGUGUGACACCAGAUACAACAGCGACAUCUCAAUACCCCCAUUCAUCCGCCUAUAAGACAUUCGAAAGAGAGACAGUAAAUGCAUAUUCUCCUGACUUCGCUUUUGACCGGUUAACUCGAAAACGUGAAAUUGAAGCCAGAUUGAAAGAAAUUGAGUCAACUGAGCGGAAGCUACUGAACCGAAAAAAAGUGGAGAACCAUGGAAAAGAAGUACGACCGUCUAUAGGCCGUGAUGAUGUAGAAUAUGGAUCAGACUAUAGAAAACUCCCAAAGAAGUAUAUGAAGUAAUGUUAACUCAAAGAACUCACUAACUGAUGGGUUGGCAAAUAUUUUUACAUGAUUUUUGAUCUCAACCUUCUAUUUUGAAAUCAGUCCCACAAACUGUGAUCAUAACGAAGUCAGUAUGCAUUAUUUUUAAAUUAUCUAUUUUAAAAAUACAUACGUUAUUUUUGCAUAUAAUUUUAUGAUCGCUGACAGAACAUCGGUUUCAUGUACAG